AUGGACAAGUCGUUAUCGAACUCGAGCAGAGACUCCAAGUCCUCACCUCCCCAACAGCGUCGACGCUCCAGUGUUGUCAACACAGACGACGAUGAUGCACUUCGCCUUGCUGAGCUCGGAUAUUCUCAAGAUCUUUCCCGGAAGUUCUCUGUCUGGUCAUUACUAGGCGUGGGCUUCAGUCUCACCAACUCAUGGUUCGGGCUGUCAGCUGCCUUGGUCACUGGAAUCGACUCUGGCGGCACCGCGCUCAUUAUCUACGGCGUCAUCAUCGUGGCAUGCGUCUCGACCUGCGUGGCCAUCAGCCUUGGCGAGCUCGCGUCUGCGAUGCCUUCGAGCGGUGGGCAGUACUUCUGGGCGCAGGAGUUGUCUAACGACCGUUGGAAGAGAAUCGCAAGCUAUGGAGUUGGGUGGAGCUCUUGGGCAGGGUCUAUCUUCUGCUCCGCCAGUGUGGCUCUGGCCUUGGCGUUUAUCGUGCUAGGAAUGUGGCAGUUGAGUCAUCCUGAGUAG